AUGCAGGCCUUGGUAGCCCUGUGUGUCCUUGUUGGGGGAUACCUGUCCUCUGCAAGAGGAGAGGUGGUGGGCAGUUUUCAGGACAUCCCAGAAUGCCUGGACUUCUUCUACCAGGGGAAGGUGCCGGACUGGGGCGCGGCGACGCCCGGUGCUGCCCGACUGUGCCAGCGCUUCAAAAACUCCUACCACUUCGCCACGCUGUAUGACACCCACCACCGCAUCGCCGUGUACUCCGCCUACCGCUUCCAGACCAGCGACGGCGGAGGCCGGGAGAAGCGCUGGUUCGUGGAGCCGCAGCUUGUGGACCUUAACUGGGGCACAGAGAUGAGGGAUGGGUACUGGCUGGGGCAGGACAACCCGGGCAUCUAUUUGGGUGAGAGACAAGCUCUUAACGAGGACUACACCCAUUCUGGCUUUGACCGUGGGCACCUCAACCCCAAUGGGCACCAUGCAGUGCCUAGACGCAAUGCCACCUUCACCCUCACCAAUGUGGUGCCCCAGAACCCCAAACUAAACCAGAAUGCCUGGCGCGUCUAUGAGUCCCAGCUGACCGACCUCUUCAACGCCAAGUGUGCCCACGCCUUUGUGCUGGUGGGUGCUAUCCCCUCUGCUGACAACUGGAUCAUCAAAAACAACGUCAAGCGGGUCAACAUACCAGAGUAUAUCUGGAACGCAUACUGUUGCCUGGACAACAAUGGCCGGCCCAUCCACAGUGGCGGUGCCACCGCCCUCAACACUGAGCAGAACCGGGUUGACCAGCGGACACUCACCGAUCUGACUGGGUUCCUGCAGCAGUAUACCAACUCACCAGUGGGGGAGCUCUUCCUAAACAACUGUGAAGCCUAG